AUGUCAAGAAAGAUUAUACCAGCUCUCACAAUCUUUUUUGGACCAAUUCUAAUACUCACAGCGAUUACUCAAUUUGUUCAAAAAGAUGAAGAAAAAGAUUUAAAAGAAUUUAAGAAAAAUCAACCAGCAAACUAUCAAUCAAAUAAAGAAAAUAAUGCACAAAUUAUGAAAUUUAUUAGAGACUCUGCAAAAGGUGAUAGAAUUGACUUUUUUGCAGGUUUAGAGGAAGAAAUGAAAACAAUUGAGUCAAUUAAAAAUCAAAACUCAUUGAAUAAAGAAAAGCAACAACAACAACAACAACAACAACAACAACAACAACAACAACAACAACAACAACAACAACAACAAAAACCAAAUACACCACCAACACCAUUAACAACACCAUCAACACCAAAGAAAUAA